ACUUCACCCAUCGCACGCGGUGUUAUUUUUGUCCUCAGUUCGUUUGACAUUCGUUUAACAUUGUGGGUUCAUGUCGAAUAAUACGUACAAAUAAUUGACAAUAAAUUGUUAAAUAUAGAUGUAAAUAAAUUUUUUUUAAAUAUUUUACAAUGAAUCGGCAUCGAUUCAUUCAAUGUGCUAUUUGAUAUUUAACUAUUUACAAUAAAAAAUCAACAAUUUUUUAUUUUCUACGCAUAUUUCUGGUUUAAUAAACAGAUACCGAAGUGAAAUAGUUAUUUUUAACAACAAAAAUACUUUUUAAACAUGAGAAGUCGAAGCAAUUCAGGAGUCCGUUUGGACUACUAUCAACGAGUGGUUCACAAGAUCAUCAUGAACCACCAAAAUCCAGUGACAGGUUUAUUUCCAGCCAGCAAUGAAAUGGACCAUGCUUGGAUCCGAGACAAUGUCUACUGCAUUCUAGCAGUGUGGGGUUUAUCAAUGGCUUACAAAAAAAUAGCUGAUGCUGAUGAAGAUCGUGCAAAAACCUACGAACUAGAGCAAAGCUGUGUAAAGCUAAUGCGAGGAUUGCUGACAGCUAUGAUGCAGCAGAAAGAGAAGGUGGAGAAAUUUAAAAUAACUCAAAAUCCAUUGGAUUCUCUUCAUGCCAAAUACAGUUCAGCCACUGGACAAACAGUUGUUGGAGAUAAUGAGUGGGGACACUUGCAAAUUGAUGCUGUGUCUUUGUAUCUGUUAGUUUUAGCGCAGAUGACUGCAUCUGGAUUACAAAUUGUGUUCAACUUAGACGAGGUAGCAUUCAUUCAGAAUCUAGUAUUUUACAUCGAAUCAGCAUAUUGCACUCCUGACUACGGCAUUUGGGAAAGAGGCGACAAAACAAAUCAUGGCCUACCAGAAUUGAAUGCCAGCAGCAUUGGAAUGGCUAAAGCAGCAAUGGAAGCCAUGAAUGAAUUAGACCUGUUUGGUGCGAGAGGUGGUCCCACAUCAGUGAUCCAUGUUCUAGCUGAUGAAGCACAAAAAUGUCAAGCUGUUUUGCAAUCAAUGCUCCCACGGGAAUCAAACUCCAAAGAGCUGGACUCUGGACUACUCUCCAUCAUCAGUUUCCCUGCUUUUGCAGUGGAUGAACUGAAUCUAAUCCAACUCACACGCGAAGCGAUCACCAGGAAGCUUCAAGGAAAGUACGGCUGCAAGAGAUUCCUUAGAGAUGGAUAUCGCACUCCUAAAGAAGAUCCUAAUCGACUUUAUUAUGAACCCUGGGAGCUCAGGAUGUUUGAGAACAUCGAAUGCGAAUGGCCUUUAUUCUUCUGCUACCUAAUACUUGACUACUGCUUCCAAGAGAAUAAAAGUGCCGUUGAUGAUUACACCAAAGCUCUAGAGAGUAUUAUGAUUAAAGCUGAGGAUGGAAUGAAGUUAGUUCCAGAAUUGUAUGCUGUAAGUGCUGAUAACGUUGGAGCUGAGUAUGCAGAGCCUGGAAGUCAGCCGAGGGAAGCUUUAGGACGUUGUCCUUUUAAAUGGGCUCAGUCGCUCUAUAUCCUCGGGAAGCUUUUGCAGGAAGGUUUUUUAGCUGUUGGAGAAUUGGAUCCGCUAAACAGGAGAUUGUGCAGCGAAAAGAAACCUGAUGUUGUUGUUCAGGUGGUUAUAUUGGCUGAGGAUGAAGAAAUUAGAGAAAAAAUUGCUCAACAUGAUAUUCAUGUACAAACUAUUGCUGAAGUAGCACCCAUUGAAGUUCAACCUGCUAAAGUUUUAAGUCAUUUAUACACAUAUUUAGGGAGAAAUAAAAAGUUGGGAUUGUCUGGAAGGAAAUCUAGAGAUGUUGGAAUACUGAGUACAAGCAAACUUUAUUCUUUGAAUGACAAAGUAUUCGCUUUUACGCCACAGUUAACUGACAUGACUCGAUUCUACAUCGCAUCGGACUAUGAGCUCAUGAUCGACAUAUUCAAAGGUGAAAUAAAUUUCCUGAAAUCUAGCUGGCAGAAUAUGUUAGGUCGACCACUUGUUGUAAUGCCCAUCAAAAGCGUACAUUUAGAUCAAGGAAAAAUACCUCUUGCUAUGAUAACCACGAUGAAAAAAUUGAAAAGUGGGUAUAUCAAUGGUACCAGAGUGUCUUUAGGAAAUAUGAAUGACUUCUUGAGCACUUCUUGCAUCACGAACUUAAGCUUCUUAGGUAGCUCGGAGGAUGGAAGACCGGAUACUUUAAAUCCACAGGUUCAACAAUACCUAGAAGAGCACCUAAUGAGAUCUUUCCCUCACCGCACUGAUCUUUUAAACCGAGCAGCCGUAAAAAGUGGAAAAAAUUUACGACGACGUAUGUCUGUCAAAGGAGCUAUCAAGAAAACACGCUCUAUAGCUGUAGAACCGGAAAUCCUUGGAAUGACUGGAGAAGACCGUAGACCAUCAACAAUUCUCACAGUGAACCCUUUUAUUGAAGUAACAGAUACAAGUUCAGCAACAACAGCGCCUGCAGCAGUUCCAACAGCAGAACAAUCGCUACGUACACCAUCUCCAGAAGCUACAAUUGAAGAUGUGAUGGUGUGGAAGUCAUCAACAAAACCAAGGAUCAGACAUGCAUCGGAGACUCAGUAUGCUGAUACUGAGGUGGAAGAACUGAUGGCUAUGUUAAGAGAAACUGAAAGCCUUGAAGAACAGGGUGAUAUUCUGCAAUAUUUGGUGGAUUCACAAGGCCUUCAGUUCAACACAGGAAUGCUAGAAAAUGGACACCCAGUGCUUGUAAAAGACCUUCUAAAAGGCGUCUACGAGAAGGCUUGUCAGCAGAAAAUGUGGGGUCUCGUCCGCCACACCGCAGGAAUGUUAGGAAAGCGGGUUGAAGAUCUAGCAAAAGCUGUGACAGAUCUACUUGUUCGUCAAAAACAGGUAACAGUUGGAAUGCCGCCAAAUAACGAGCACACCAUUGUAGCUCCUCUACCUGAGAACGAACUACGUGCAUUAAUUCAUCUAGCCUAUGGAGAUGACGAAUCAACAGCAAUGUUAACCCAAGAAUUACUAGUCUACCUCGCUAUGUUUAUCCGAACAGAACCACAACUUUUCCAUGAAAUGUUGAGACUUCGGGUUGGUCUAAUUAUCCAAGUAAUGGCCACGGAAUUGUCUCGAACGUUGAUUUGCACUGGAGAAGAAGCCUCAGAACAUCUUUUAAAUUUAUCUCCAUUCGAAAUGAAAAAUCUUUUACAUCAUAUCAUGAGUGGUAAAGAGUUUGCUAUCAGCAGCGUAGGAAGAGGUAACUUCUCAGUGAUCAGCUGUAAGUCUAAUCGAGUUAGCAAGAAAUCACAAAUCGGAGGUUUCCUGAAUGUUGAUAGUACUGAAGGCAAUGACAUGGAACCAGAUCGGCAAGGCCAAUGGCUCCGAAGACGAAGGCUUGAUGGUGCUUUGAAUAGGGUACCAAGAGAUUUUUAUCCUCGAGUUUGGCAGGUUCUAGAGAGGUGUCAAGGUCUAGUGAUAGAAGGGAAAGUUUUGCCUCCAAACUUGACUCAAGAGAUGACCUCAGGUGAACUAAAAUUCGCUUUGGCUGUUGAAACAGUCCUAAAUACUAUUCCUCAACCAGAAUAUCGUCAGUUGAUCGUUGAAGCAUUGAUGGUCUUGACUCUGGUCACGGAAUAUAACGUCGUACCUUCUUUGGGAGGUUUAAUAGCUGUCGAACAUCUCGUGCACAAAGCAAAUGCUAUUUUUCUGGAAGAUCAAAUGAAAGUUGAUGGAGAUGCGACACUUUGCUGUGCAAAGCCAAAAGAGAAGAGGGAAGUUACUCCUAUGGGAACACUAUUGUGUGGUGGUGCUGCGUUUAUUUGCCAGCACUUUUAUGACAGUGCACCAAGUGGAAGCUUUGGAACUAUGACUUAUAUUACACGUGCUAUUGCGUCUCUGUUGAAUUGUUUGCCUAGAGACGGUGAUAUUGAGUGCAGUAUUUCGUAAAUAGAGUUUAUUUUAUGAUUGUCUAGGAAACAAUUUUACCUUCUUCAGGUUUAAAAGUAGAGGUUUUAUUACGGGGCCGGUGUAAUUAAAAGAAAAUAUCAACUUACUUGGAACAGCCGACGUAUUUUGGAAACUAUGAAAGACAAAGCAUUAUUAACGGGAUGUUAUAUUGAAAAAGAGAUAUUAAAUGUAUAUCAAUCAUCUAGAUCUUUGAAAUGAGUAAUUCAUAAAUUUAAAUUAUCCAAACAGCUUAAUGUAUAGCUCUCAUCAAAAUAGAGAUUGUUAUAUUAAUGAUAUACCUAUAGUAAUACUUUUUUCAAUUAAAU